ACCGUAGUAAUCGCCUAAUCGGACAGAGACAAACAUCAUUGGAGAAAACCCUCAGUCGUCGUCGUGAAGAAGCCGGAGUAGAAUCUCGAGUUCGGUUACGAGAUCUCUCAAUCGAUUACUCCGAGAUUCGGUCUUAUUCCCUUGGCAUGUGAUAAGAAACCCUAAUCUCGAUCUCUUGUUCCAAUCCAACGAAUCUCGGAAUCGAGGAACGUAGACGACUGGGGUGAACCGGGAGUUGUUUUGAGAUGUCGAGCUUUCAUGUCGGUGGGAAGGUGGUGGAGAAAGUUGAUUUAUUGAAGAAGAAACACUGGGCAUGGCGCUUUGACGUGUGGCCGUUUGCUAUUCUGUAUGCUGUGUGGUUGGCUACGAUUGUGCCCAGCCUAGACUUCGUAGAUGCUGCCAUUGUGUUCGGCGGUCUUGUUGCUCUUCAUAUCUUGGUCUUGCUUUUCACGGCCUGGUCGGUGGAUUUCAAAUGCUUUGUCCAGUAUAGCAAGGUUAACAAUAUUUAUCAGGCAGAUGCUUGUAAAGUUACUCCAGCCAAAUUUUCAGGUUCCAAGGAAGUCGUGCAUCUUCAUUUUCGUAACCUAGUGACUGGUUCGGCAUCCUCCGGAGACGCAGAAGAAAUUUGCUUUGAUUUUAGGAAACAGCGUUUCAUAUAUUCAAAAGAACGGGGGACUUUUUCUAAGCUUCUUUACCCGACAAAGGAAAUAUUUGGUCAGUAUCUAAAAAGUACCGGUCAUGGUACUGAAGCUAAAGUUGCCACUGCCACUGAGAAGUGGGGACGGAAUGUAUUUGAUUAUCCACAACCUACAUUCCAGAAACUAAUGAAAGAACACUGCAUGGAACCAUUCUUCGUAUUUCAGGUGUUCUGUGUGGGUCUUUGGUGCUUGGAUGAAUACUGGUAUUACAGUGUGUUCACUCUAUUCAUGCUGUUCAUGUUUGAGUCAACAAUGGCAAAGAGUCGGUUAAAGACUCUAACUGAACUAAGGCGUGUUAGGGUGGACAGUCAGACUUUAAUGGUGUAUCGAUGUGGGAAGUGGGUGAAACACUCGGGUACAGAGCUGCUGCCAGGGGACGUCGUAUCCAUUGGAAGACCUACUGCUCAGACAGGAGAUGAUAAGACAGUACCAGCAGACAUGCUUAUACUUGCAGGAAGUGCUAUUGUCAAUGAAGCCAUCUUGACGGGCGAGUCGACUCCCCAGUGGAAGGUAUCAAUGGCUGGUAGGGGAGCUGAUGAGAAAUUAUCUAUCAAACGGGAUAAAAAUCAUGUUUUAUUUGGUGGGACUAAGAUCUUGCAACAUACAGCGGACAAGUCCUUCCCUCUGAAAACCCCUGAUGGUGGCUGUGUAGCUGUUGUUCUUCGAACUGGAUUUGAAACAAACCAAGGAAAACUGAUGAGGACAAUUUUAUUUUCUACAGAGAGGGUUACUGCAAACAGCUGGGAGAGUGGUCUGUUUAUAUUGUUUUUAGUCGUAUUUGCGGUGAUCGCUGCGGGUUAUGUUCUUGUCAAGGGUCUAGAGGAUCCGACAAGGAGCAAGUACAAGCUUUUGCUGAGUUGUUCACUAAUUGUUACUUCGGUUAUCCCGCCCGAAUUGCCUAUGGAAUUGUCCAUUGCUGUCAAUACUUCUCUUAUUGCUCUGGCUCGUCGUGGGAUAUUCUGCACAGAGCCUUUCCGGAUUCCUUUUGCAGGGAAGGUUGAUUUGUGUUGCUUUGACAAGACUGGAACCCUAACAUCAGAUGACAUGGAGUUCCGAGGAGUUGGGGGUUUGUCUGAUUGUGAAGAAUUAGAGACUGAAAUGAGUAAAGUUUCUGCUCGCACCCUGGAGAUCCUGGCUUCAUGUCAUGCAUUGGUGUUUGUCGACAACAAGCUGGUUGGUGAUCCCCUUGAGAAGGCUGCGCUUAAAGGAAUUGACUGGAGUUACAAAUCUGAUGAAAAAGCCUUGCCAAAAAGAGGGAAUGGCAACGCAGUGCAAAUUGUGCAGAGACACCAUUUUGCUUCCCACUUGAAAAGAAUGUCAGUUAUUGUUCGUAUCCAGGAGGAAUAUUUUGCUUUUGUGAAGGGAGCACCUGAAACAAUCCAAGAUAGACUUGUGGAUGUACCAGCAGCAUAUGUUGAAACCUAUAAGAGAUAUACUCGCCAAGGAUCCCGUGUUCUAGCCCUUGCAUUCAAGCCACUUCCUGAUAUGAUGGUUAGUGAAGCCAGAAACAUGGACAGAGAUGCAGUUGAGAGUGGCCUUACUUUUGCCGGAUUUGCGGUCUUUAACUGCCCCAUUAGAACUGAUUCAGCUACCGUUCUGUUGGAGUUGAAGAAUUCAUCUCAUGAUUUGACGAUGAUAACAGGUGACCAAGCGUUGACUGCUUGUCAUGUUGCUAGUCAAGUGCAUAUAGUAUCAAAGCCGAUACUGAUUCUUAGUGCAUCAAGGUCUGGUGAUGGGUAUAAGUGGAUGUCACCUGACGAGAGGGAGAUCAUACCCUACAGUGACAAAGAGGUUAACGUCCUCGCUGAGACCCAUGAUUUAUGCAUUGGAGGUGACAGCAUUGAGAUGCUACUGGCAACUUCUGCUGUUCUACGAGUCAUUCCAUUUGUUAAGGUUUUUGCAAGAGUUGCUCCGCAACAAAAAGAGUUGAUCUUGACCACCUUCAAAACAGUAGGAAGGGUAACUUUGAUGUGCGGUGACGGGACAAAUGACGUCGGAGCUUUGAAGCAGGCUCAUGUUGGCGUUGCCUUGCUGAAUGCUAUUCCUCCCUCACCAAGUGGAAGCUCUCCAUCAGAACCAUCUAAAGAUGAUAACGCGAAGUCUAAGUCCAGAAAACCGAGAGCAGCGUUAGAGGCAGCAGACAAAACUGCUAACCCGAGCAAAGAAGGGUCAUCAAAGGGAAAGAUGGUCACAGCUCAAAAUCGCCAUUUGACUGCUGCAGAAAUGCAAAGACAAAAGCUAAAGAAGAUGAUGGAAGAACUAAACGAAGAAGGAGAUGGCCGCGCAGCUCCGGUCGUGAAGCUCGGUGACGCAUCAAUGGCAUCACCUUUCACAGCUAAGCAUGCAUCAGUUGCCCCAACCACGGACAUAAUCCGGCAGGGACGUAGUACUCUAGUGACCACUCUUCAGAUGUUCAAGAUUCUUGGUCUGAACUGUCUUGCCACGGCCUAUGUCCUUAGCGUCAUGUACUUGGAUGGCGUCAAGCUCGGGGAUGUCCAGGCUACGAUCAGUGGAGUAUUCACUGCCGCCUUUUUCCUGUUCAUAUCUCAUGCCCGACCGCUUCCAACACUCUCAGCCGAGCGGCCCCACCCGAGCGUAUUCUCUCUCUACCUCUUCCUCUCUCUGCUCGGACAGUUUGCCGUCCAUUUGAUUUUCUUGAUGUUUUCGGUUAAAGAAGCGGAGAAAUACAUGCCAGAGGAGUGCAUAGAGCCAGACGCUGCAUUCCACCCGAACCUGGUAAACACGGUCUCGUACAUGGUGAGCAUGAUGCUUCAGGUGGCUACGUUUGCAGUGAACUACAUGGGUCAUCCAUUUAACCAGAGCAUAAUGGAGAACAGACCGUUCUUCUACGCACUCAUGGGGGGUGUAGGGUUCUUCACGGUAAUCGCCUCUGAUCUAUUCAGGGACCUGAACGAUUCGCUAAAGCUCGUGCCUUUACCUCCGGGUAUGAGGGAUAAGCUCUUGCUCUGGGCGGCUCUUAUGUUUGUAAUCUGCUACUCGUGGGAACGGUUGCUCAGGUGGGCGUUCCCGGGUAAGAUUCCUGCUUGGGAAGAGAGACAGCGAGUUGUCGAGGCAAAUCUGGAGAAGAAGAAGAAGGUCUGAGACUUGAUUGAUAGCGAAUGGACCGAAUUAGAGAGCAGCAGAAGCAGAUGCAGAUGCAGAAGCUGCACUUUUGAUAGGAUGGGUGGAUACAGGCAGAGUCAUCAUAGAGGUUACUUGCUUUCAGAUUUUAAUCCAUGUUUUUGUGUUAGCUCAAAGAAGGGAAUCUUGAAAAUGCCUUUACUCUUUCAAGACAUUAAUGCGUUCUCUUAUAUAUAUAGACAUUGUAUUUGAUUUUGGCAAGACAUUAGCAUACUCUUGCAGUUGCUGUUUUGAAACCUCAUUUAAGCUGAUUACAUCAAACAUUGAAUUGGCCGUCUCAUGGGUCACUAUUCUGAUU